UAAUAAUGGCGCAGAGAGCUCAAUCAGUAUUGGCCACCAAAGAUGUUUUCCAAAAGGGAGAUUUCCAUUGGAAACAAUUCAACGUUGAAACUUCCAGUGCUUCAUCCUCAACUCCAAAACCAUUGCUAAUCUUUACACCAAUCGUGCCUGGCUCAUACCCUGUCAUAUUGUUCUGCCAUGGAUUUUUCAUUCACAAUAGCUUCUACUCUGAGUUCCUAGGCCACAUAGCUUUACAUGGAUUCAUACUUGUUGCUCCUCAGCUGGCGUAGACCCUGUGUCUGGCACAUCUAAAUCGUCCUCACAUUUCCUCAAAUUCUCACUGGCAUGUCCCAAAAUCCUUCAAUUUGAACAUACAAAUUGUUGUAAUUGGCACUGGGCUAGGCCCCUAGAAGGCUAAUUUUGUUAGUCCACCAUGUGCUCUUGAUGGGGAGAACCAUAAGGAGUUCUUCAACGAGUGCAAACCUUCUUGUGCACAUUUUGUUGCAACUGAGUAUGGGCACAUGGACAUGUUGAAUGAUGUAGGGAACUGUUUCGGCACCCAACAGUUUUCUAAAAUAUCAAAAAUGUCAUUAUAAAUAAUAGAUUAGCUUUUUCAUUUUUACAACGCCUUUAUUUUAAAAUUGUACUUCCUUAGUGUAACUUGCUUUCAUUAGCGUUCUUUUGUGAGUAUUUGUUGUCGUCGGUGGUGUACAUACGUUGUUUAUGGAU